AGCCUCUGCUCCGAGACAGAGCAAGAGCGAGGAGGCAGGCUGGCAGUCGUGGCCGGAGGCCCCGGGCAUAGCUGGUCCCUGAGCGAGUGGGUGCGGAUUCUGGCUCCAGAUAGAUCAUCUUGAAGGAGAGCCUCACAGACCAGACACAGGUUGAGAGGAGGGCUUGGGGGUCCACCACCCGACCCAGCCCAGGAGGGCCCCACAGUUGGACCUUGCCGCAGCUCUGUGAGUUGGCUGAAGAAAAGAAAGCUGCAGAGAGCCAGAAGAGACCCCUGGAGAGGAGCAAAGACAGGUGGCCGGCCUGGCCCCCACUUCUGUGCGUCUCUAAGGAGAGGCAGCACCAUGCUGGGUCCCCACCUCCCACCUGCCCCCCUGGGACCCAGCGAAGACAGGCCCACUCCCUGCACCUUCCGGAUCCCUGAUGGGAGCUACAGGUGUCUGGCCUUGGAGGCUGAGGAGAGCAGCGGUGAGGAGGGCCUUCAGGGAGAGGCAGGGCUCACGAACUUGGAUGAGGACAGGGUGGCCAGCAGGAAUGGGGACAGCCCUGCCUGCAGGGCCACCCAGGGGGCACCAGAGCUGCCCAAGGCCCUGGGCAUCCAGGCACCCAGACACUCCAGAGAAGCACAAGGGGGGUCCCAGCAUGAUAACAAGGCCGGCCAGGACGGGAACGCGGUGAAGGCUCAGCUGGUGAUGACAACCAGCCCCGGCCCCAGCCCCAGCGCAGGGCCCAGGGUUGCCCAGAAACCAGCGUUGGCCCACAGCACCAGCCUCACUGAGAAAGAUCUGAAAGAGGCCAAGGCCCGGAGCCAGCAGAUCGCGGCACAGCUGACCACCCCGCCCAGCUCCAACUCCCGAGGCGUCCAGCUCUUCAACAGGCGUCGGCAGAGGGUGAACCAGUUCACCUUGGAGAACCCCGGCCCGAGGGAACGGGAACGGGAACGGAAGCCCAGCCAGGAGUCCCUCAGAGUGCCCCCUGCCGGCCCUGCGGGCUACGCCUCGGGGCCCGGCCUGAGUCCCACCUCACCCCCUGAGCCAGGCCCUCCAAGGAACAGCGACCGCCAGAGCCCUGACGCAGGGGUCCCCGCUCACAGCAUGGAGGGGUGCUCAGAGAAAGCCAGCUUGCUGCGGCACCUGGAGAAGGUGGCCAGCGAGGAGGAGGAGGUGCCGCUGGUGGUUUACUUGAAGGAGAACGCGGCCCUGCUGACAGCCAAUGGACUGCACCUGUCCCAGAACCGAGACACCCAGCAGACCCCGCCAAGCCCGCCCGCGGCUGAGGCCCACAGCCCAGCUGUAGACGUCAACCAAAACGUUUCCUCACUCAGCGCCACCCUUAUCACGCCAGCCUCUAACAGCAACCACAGCCUGCCAGACGCAGACCACGCAGACGUCAACCAGAACCCCCCGGCCACUGUCGCCCCGCAGAGCCAGCAGCCCUCAGAAAGCCAGCCCCCUCCCAAUGGCACGGUGUCAGAUUCCAAACCCAGCACCCCGUGUGCCAGCGGGCAGCCCCCCGAGCCGGCUGCAGAGGUCAAAUCCAGCACCCUCCUCAUCGAUAAGGUGUCAGCUCCACCUACCAGCACCAACACCUUCUCCAGAGAAACUACUCCCGUCUCCAGCUCUGGGAUCCCAGCCCCAGAUUUCGCGUCCAGCUGCCUGCUCAUCGAUGUGCAGCCGGGUGUCCCAGCGGUGUCAGCGGAACCUGAGCCGUCUGGGUGGGCAGCCACGCCCACGCCCACCAAGCUAUACAGUGAGGUCCACUUCACACUGGCCAAGCCCCCAUCAGUGGUCAACAGGACCGCCAGGCCCUUCGGGAUCCAGGCUCCAGGGAGCACCGGCCAGGUGGAACGGAGCCCCAUGGUAGAGAGACGACAUCUCGGGGAGAAAGCCCGGGCUCCCCAGCCCCCAAGCGUGGUAGACAGGAGCCCUCGGCCACAGAGACAUGUGAUGUCCCACAGCCCCAUGGUGGAGAGGAGGCCCGUGGCACAGCGCAGCCCUGCCUUGGAGAGACGCCCCUUGGGGAACUUCACCCCACCCCCCACCUACGCUGAAACCUUGUCCACGGCUCCCCUGGCUUCCCGGGGCAGGUCUCCCCCAUCCUACUCUGCCCUCUACCCCAGCUCUGACCCCAAGCCUUCUCACCUGAAAGGCCAGGCAGCUCCGGCCAGCAAGACAGGCAUUUUGGAGGAGUCCAUGGCCCGCAGGGGCAGCCGGAAAUCCAUGUUCACCUUCGUAGAGAAGCCCAAGGUGACCCCGAACCCAGACCUGCUGGAUCUGGUACAGACGGCCGAUGAGAAGCGGAGGCAGAGGGACCAGGGGGAGGCGGGCGUGGAGGAGGAGCCCUUUGCCCUGGGGGCCGAGGCCUCCAACUUCCAGCAGGAGCCCGCACCCCGGGACAGGGUCAGCCCCGGGGCAGCCGAGGAAGUCCUCCCGGAGUGGGCCUCGUGCCUCAAGUCCCCACGCGUCCAGGCCAAGCCGAAGCCCAAACCCAACCAGAACCUGUCCGAGGCCUCUGGGAAAGGGGCCGAGCUCUAUGCCCGCCGCCAGUCCCGGAUGGAGAAGUAUGUCAUCGAGUCCUCCGGCCACACCGAACUGGCCCGCUGCCCUUCACCCACCAUGUCCCUGCCUUCGUCCUGGAAAUAUUCCACCAAUGCUCCUGGUGGCUUCCGGGUGGCAUCCCGGAGCCCAGCUCGCACCCCGCCUGCCUCCCUCUACCACGGCUACCUGCCCGAGAACGGGGUCCUGCGCCCCGAGCCCACCAAGCAGCCGGCCUACCAGAUGCGGCAGUCUCUCUUCGUCCUCUCACCCAUCAAGGAGCCCGUCAAGGUCUCUCCGAGAGCCGCCUCGCCCGCCAAGCCGAGCUCCCUGGACCUGGUGCCCAGCCUGCCCAAGGCCGCUCUCCCGGCAUCCCCGGCCCUGCCUCGGCCCUCCCGCUCCUCACCGGGCCUCUACACCUCCCCCGGCCAGGAUGGCCUCCAGCCCACGGCCGUGAGCCCUACCUACAGCAGUGAUAUCUCCCCUGUGUCGCCCUCCAGGGCGUGGUCUCCCCGAGCCAAGCAGGCCCCCAGGCCCUCCUUCUCUACCCGGAAUGCUGGGAUCGAGGCUCAGGUGUGGAAGCCUUCCUUCUGCUUCAAGUAACGGACCCUGCAGGGAUCCCACUGCCUGGCAGGGUCCUCUCUCCGAGGGCUGGAUGGAGAGCAGAUGUGGCUGGAAGUGGCACAGAGCUGAGGGUCAGGAGUAUGGGGACCCAGGGCUCAAAGGCUGAUGCUGCCACCAGCUAGCUUUGUGACUUUGGGCAAGCCCUCUCUGGGCUGCAGCUGCUCCUUCCCUGCCACAAGGGUCAUGAGACUCCAAGUCUGAAGGAUCUGCAGUCCGAUACCGGAUAGCAGGGAGGGUCACGGAGAGAGAACUCCCUUGGCAGGCCGAAAUGAGGCUGGGGGGCUUCCUCUGGCCUUUGUGAGCCUUAGGGAUGCCAGCGUCUUGCUGGGGAAUGGCCUAGAAGGGGACCCUAACACGGGCUUCUGGAGCAAACAACCUGCCAGUGCCUCUGUGCAACCAGCCAGUCAAGGGUCUGCCUCCUCAGCUGCCCCAGCUCCCGGCGUCUUUCUGCCUGUCGCUGGCUUCUUACCUGCACAGGUCUCUCUUCCAUCUCUGCCUUCUGGACACCGAUUCCUCUCCGCCGCUUCAGAGAGCUUUGCCUCGGCUGCCACGUUUUCUCCUCUCGUGGGUUCUUCUGCUGGACGAGGACUUAGCCUGCCACUGCUGUCUGAUGCUUUUCUUCCUGCCCCUCUGCUCAACCCGCCUCCGUGCCCUCUCCAAACACCUGGCUCCACUUUGGGGAUAGCUAGAGCAGUUCAUCCCAGACCCCAUCUGGCUGGCCCUCAGUGUGCUAGGGCGUGCGAAGUCCCGGGGGAUCCCUGAGAGAAGGGGAACCCUGUAGGAGGAUGUGCAGAUGUGAGUGUGCAGUGAGAGAGCCCCCCACCCCACCCCGCUCCCCGCCCGGGCAAUGUAUCCAUUGGCUAGUUUGGCUUCAACCUCAGCCGAGAGCUGCCCAGCUAAAAGCAGCUAUCUCCGCGCAGUGGAAGGGGCCCCAGGGAGAGAGGCUGGAGAGGAGGGUCUGGUCCCAUCUCAGCCUCCCCUUCACUAUGUGAGUCUGGCCAAGUCACUUUCCCUUUCUGGGCCUCAGUUUUCUUAUUUAUAUAGUCAGGACCCUUCCAGCUGUGACAGUCUUCGAGGGUUGAGGAUAUAGGCUGGUGCUUCGAGAGAAAGGCCUUGUAAGUGAUAAGACAGUCCCCUGGAAAGAGAAGGGGAGGGAAUGGGCUGUUGCCAUAGAACCGUUGGAGAUGAGAGGUCUGUAAGGGUGUCCUGGGGAGGGCGUGGCUGGAACGAGCUGCUUCAGGAAGCCAGGGGAUCAGAAGCCUCGGCUGGGACGGGACGGCACAGGCUCAGGGUGGCCUAGAGACAGUAGAAGCAUGGCAGGGGCUUGGGCAGGGGCCUAGCGGCUCAGUGGGACAGAGGAGGAGACCUUAAGGCUUUGAGGACAGGGCCGGCACUUAAGAGAUCUGGAUUCUACCAGAUUAAUUCCAUGUGUAUCUUUGGGUCUCAGUUUCCCCGUAUCAUGAGGGUGCUGAGUCAGGUAGUGUGAGAUGCUCACCACCUCUGACACCUUUGAUGUGAUGCAGCCCCCAAACCAGGCUUUGUGGGCAGGGAGAGAAUACAGACGCAAGAGGCAGAAUUUGGGUGGAAGCUUCCCAAGGCUGGGGGCCGAGCACCACCCACUUUCUCUUCCCCAGCCCUAUUUCUGGGCUCCCCAGCGGGGUGAGGGGUGGUGGAGGCGGUGCCCAUGCUGGGCUGAGCCUGCAGUUUUCGUGAGCUCUGGGCUCAUCUCCAUGGGAACAGGGGGUGCCUUCCUAGUGAGUUCAUUCUGCCCAGAACUUUGGGGGCAUGCGUGGGGGAGUCGUAAGUGAGCUCAGCUGCUUCGUGCCGGGCCCCUCCCAGGACAGAGCGAAGCCCCUACCCUGGACCCCUGCUCCCUUCUACCCCCCCCCCCCCCCCCCCAGGGCCAGCAGUGGAAGAGGCCACCCUCCAUCCUGCAGCUCCUGCGGCCAGGCUGGCCGAGCUCUUCCCCCAACUUUGUUUUCUCUCCUGUUCUCAAUACACUCGGCCUCAAAUCUGU